AUGUUCUCAUUCAGCCGAGUAAUCGAAGGGCGUACCCGAUUCAGUUGGACGUAUUCUUAUCGUGAGGUGAAACAGAACUAUGCUAUAAAUGCCAUCAUAUUUCAGAUGCUCCUACACCAAAUAGCAUCAUGUAGCCGAAUAUCGUUACGGUUCUGUCAGACGUAUGUUGGUAGAGGAAAGCCGACGCUGGGAAUUCGGAGAGAGACGAUUAAUGCUUGGGAAAGAAGAGCUCCUCUAGCACCGACACAUGUGAAAAGGCUUACUAGAGCUGGUGUGAAUGUUCUCAUUCAGCCGAGUAAUCGAAGGGCGUACCCGAUUCAGGACUACAUUUCCGCCGGCGCCAUCGUUCGAGAAGAUUUGUCUGAUGCUCAACUAAUUAUUUCUGUCAAACAGGUCCCUAUUGAUCAGCUGAUAGCUAACAAGACGUAUGCAUUCUUCUCACACACUAUUAAAGCUCAGCAAGACAAUAUGGAAAUGCUUGACACUAUUCUGCAAAGGAAAAUUCGACUAAUAGAUUACGAGAAAAUUGUGAACAAAAAGGGCAAACGGCUUGUUAUGUUCGGCAAAUGGGCUGGAAACGCUGGCUUCAUUGACAUUCUACAUGGUCUGGGAUUAAGGUUACUAGCCCUCGGUCAUCACACGCCAUUCCUGCACGUUGGUCUUGCUCACAACUACAGUGACUCUCACUCGGCCAUCAAUGCCCUUCGCGAUAUCGGCUAUGAAAUUGCACUCGACAAAAUGCCAAGAUCCCUCGGUCCCUUGGUUUUUGUGUUCACCGGCUCAGGUAAUGUAUCUCAAGGGGCUCAGGAGCUUUUCCAGCACCUUCCUCAUGAAUUUGUUGAUGUUGCGACGCUACCAAAAGUUGCUCAAAAAGGACAGCUGAAUAAGGUUUACGGGUGCGUUGUCACUCGCGCUGACCACAUGGUGUCCAAGAAUGGAACGCCAUUCGAUAAGGCCGAAUUCGAGGAACAUCCAGAACGCUACAUUUCCAAGUUUGCAACUGAGAUAGCUCCGUACGCUACCGUUAUUAUCAAUGGAGUCUACUGGGAUGCUCGAACUCCACGACUGAUCACCAUUCCCGAUGCAAAGCACCUGCUCACUCCCGUGCAUAGGUAUGACAUGCCCGGAUGCCCGACGCUACCUCAUAGACUUGUCGCUAUUUGCGAUAUUUCCGCCGAUCCAGGAGUUUUGACUCACCUUCCGGUUGCCUGGUCUGCAGUAUUGACAACAUGCCGGCACAGAUGCCAUUGGAAGCUACAUCUCCAGUUUGGUGACCUGCUCUAUCCUUACAUUUUCGAUAUGCUGAACUGUGCUACCGACCAACCGUUUGACCGUUUGAGUUGCCGCGAAGAGGUGAAAGGUGCGAUAAUUACGACCGACGGCAAGCUUGCUCCCAACUAUGAGUACAUUGCAGAUCUUCGCCAAGCGAAGAACAUUGCAUCUUCACAUAAAUCGCGUGUUAUGGGAAGCGAUGAGAAAAAGGUGCUUCUUCUCGGUGCUGGAAUGGUCAGCGGUCCUUUUGCUGAUUUCUAUUCUAAGCAGCCGAAGGUUCAUGUAACAGUGGCCACUGAAUCACGUGAAGACGGUCAUCGGCUGAUGAAGGGUGAUAACAUAACGUCACUUGUUGUUGACGUCAACAGAGAGCAUGAUGUGUUGGAUCAACUUGUGCGUGAGCAUGACCAAGUCGUCUCUUUACUGCCAUAUGUUUUCCAUCCAAUGGUGGCCAAACUGUGCAUUAAAAAUAAGACAAACAUGGUUACCAGCAGUUACGUUACGCCAGAACUUCAAGCACUAGAUCAAGCAGCGAAAGAUGCCGGUGUGACAAUCAUGAACGAAUCUGGCUUGGAUCCUGGAAUUGAUCAUAUGCUUGCUAUGGAGUGUUUCGAUGAAAUUAGAGAGCAUGGAGGAAAAAUAACUUCUUUCGUUUCCUUCUGCGGCGGUUUGCCUGCACCAGAAUCUUCCGAUAAUCCUCUUCGUUACAAAUUCAGUUGGAGUCCGAAAGGUGUUCUGACGGCCCUUCUAAACCCCGCUAAAUAUCUUCAAAACGGAAAGGUCGUGGAGAUUCCCAGCGGAAAAGUCAUAGAUCAUCUAUAUCCAAUCGACUUCAUGCCUGGGUUUAAUUUAAUUGGGUACGGUAAUCGAGACUCCACGAAAUAUGCUGAUAUAUAUGGGCUCGGCCCAGAAUGCAGAACGCUCAUCCGAGGAACUCUCCGUUAUAAGGGUUUCGUAGAGACAGUGAAGGCUUUAGACUCGAUUGGCUUGCUCAAUACUGAGCCACAGGAUAUUUUCAAUCCAGUGAUGGGUCCUGAUUUGACAUGGAAACAACUUAUGGCAUCUCUCCUCAACCAGAAAAUUGAUAUUUUCCCUGACUCUUUGCGUAAUAUAGCUGCUGAACGUGUUGGAGGUUCCAACACGAUUGGCAUGAAAGCUCUACAGGAACUGGAUUUAUUCAGCGAUAUAGUCGCUGAUAGACAUGGCAACGCACUCGACACUCUGGCGCCAUAUCUUGCUAAGAUCCUCUCAUUCCAAAAGGGCGAACGUGAUCUCGUUAUUCUCAAUCAUGACAUAGGAGUUCGACUUCAGAGUGGAAACUUGGAGCGACACAGAGUUAGUAUGGUAGCCUACGGAGAUCCGAAUGGCUUCUCAGCAAUGGCCCGAACCGUUGGAUAUACAUGCGCUAUCGUAUCCAACAUGGUAUUACAGGGAGAGAUUCAACGGCCUGGAAUGUUACGGCCGGUAAGCAAAGAAAUCUACCGUCCAGCCCUGAUGCGACUGGCUGACUACGGUAUCAAAGCAACAACAACAGUCACUCCGCUGUAA